UCUCUGUUAGCACUUUCCGGGAUAUAACCUAAAUGUUGGUUACCAAAUUCCCACAGAAGUCAUAUCUUGAUCUUGUACCUAUAAAUAUGUCUACCAAUCCUUAAUUUGUUUGAAUCGUAUCCAGCAGCUGGAUUCUUGCAUUAAUUCAAUCCUUAAUUUCUCAAGCUACCUAAUCCAUCAUCAAUGGCCUCUACAAGCUCUCUCAAUUUAAUUUCUUCUCCCAAAUUCCCUAACCUAAGAUCCAACUCUUCAUCUUUUCAGCCACAAAAACAAUGGGGUUUCGCUCAUUCACAAGACUUCUCAAUCCAAAAGUUGACACUCUCCACAUCGAAUCACGAUUUUUCAUCAAGAAGAAGCUCCUGGAGCAUUGCCACUAAAGCUUUCUUCUUCAACAAACCACGGUCAUCACCACAAUCUCGAGAGCCCGUGAAAGUUCAAGAACUAAACGUCUAUGAAAUAAACGAACGAGACAGGGACAGCCCAGCAGUUCUUAAACUGAGUAAAAGAGCAGAAUCAUCUCUGGGUGACCUCGUGCCCUUCACCAACAAGCUUUACACUGGAGACCUAAAGAAAAGGUUAGGUGUAACUGCUGGUCUCUGUGUGCUUAUCCAGCACGUACCAGAAAAGAAAGGUGACAGAUACGAGGCUAUAUACAGCUUCUACUUCGGAGACUAUGGGCACAUAUCAGUGCAAGGAGCGUAUCUGACGUAUGAGGAUACGUAUCUGGCAGUGACUGGUGGGUCUGGGAUUUUUGAAGGAGUGUACGGACAGGUUAAGCUGAAGCAAAUAGUAUUUCCUUUGAAGCUUUUUUAUACUUUCUAUUUGAAGGGGAUACCUGAUUUGCCUUCCGAGCUUUUGGAAAAGCCAGUAAUUCCUUCUCCAAGCGUUGAACCUGCUCCGGCCGCCAAGGCCACUCUACCUUCUGGGACUGUUCUUCACUUCACAAAUUGAUUGAUUCGAUCUCUUCUUCA